AUUUUGAACGAAGGAACCACAGAAGCGCGGGCGCGCUUCAACCCUUCAACUUCUUUCACCGGGCUAGGAACAUGCCUCUGCUGCUGAGAGUUUUACUUUGAUUUCAAUCGUUUUUAGUUUGAUUUUAUUCGUUCGACGACGUCUCCUUUCAUCGUAUCUGUGGUAGCGUCCAAGGGGCCACCUAAACGAGAAUGGCACCUAGAAAGAUGGCCCUUAAUCUCAAGACCGGCCGCGUCAGGGGAAGGUCCAGGCGGGUCUUGUCAGAUGCCGACAAAUUCGUGAGGGCCAAGAAGCAGCUGCGCCAUGUCCUUCAACAGAACAAGGACCUGGCGUGUGCCCUGGAGGCUGCCAGGGCUCGUAUUCUGCAGCUGGAGAGUGGGAAAGAGCGUCAUGACAAGGUGUAUGGACUCUGCCUCCCCCAGAUCAAGGCCUGGACGGAGGACAACGUGAAGCAGGUCCACACCAUCCUGGAGAACAGCCUUCGGAGCAUCCGCCUGGUGGCCGACAUCCUCACCCCCAGCCAAGACCUCACCCUGGCCGAAGACGGCGACGACACCGGCCAGGAGCUGCUUCAGAGGUCCCUUCACCCACCCGGGAGCCGGCUGGUGGGGUGCCCGGACUUGAUGGAUGUGGAGGAGGAAGAGGAGGAGGGAGAGACUGACGUAGCUGAAGACGGGGCGGCCCAAGAAACGCAGAUACCGCUGUCCUCCAAAGUGACGGUGCGUUCCCGUCGGCGGCGUUACUCCUCCCCACCGCCCGAAACGUCUGACGAAGAAGCGGCGGUGUCUCCUCCCCGACUCCGCAUGAGCUCAUACGCUUCUUCGGUUGGAGCAGUCCAGACUCCCCCAGUCUUUCAGCACUCAGGUUCAGUCUGUCUUCCUGAUGAAGAGGCGGACGAAAGGGUUUCUGUUGCGGGCCGGGCAACGACUGCCUCUCCACUGAGAGAGCUCGACGUCAACGAGUAUACAAUGAUCUUCGGUUCAAGACCCAAGAUAGCCCGCACUCCAGAGCGCGGCGGCAGCCCCAGUCGUCGUCCAGAGCCCCUGCCGCCUCCAAGGAUCCGGAUGUUUGACUGUCAAUCGAGCUCCAAGCAGACAACCAGCAAGGGUGGCACUGCGGCUGCACGCAAGCAGAAGACCCGAAAACUUUCACUGCCGAAGGUUCGUCGCUCCCGGACAACACGGCCAGCUUCCCCACCUGCCGCGGGGGCUGAUGGUUGCCCGGCCAAUGGGAAAGGCAGCCUCCUCAAAGGUCGGCACCCAGCGACGAAUGAAAACGAGGAGGCCACCCCUUCGGAGACCUCUGUGCCCAACCUUCUCAGGCCGCCUGCGUCUCCACCCCUGCCUAAAGAUGCUCCAGAGCCCGUUCAACCCGCGACGCCGUCCCUGGCGUGUCGCAGGAGCUCAAGGGUGCAAAAACUGCCAGGAGGGACCGGGGAGUCAGGAUGGGCGGAUGACGUCGACGCCGUGGAUGUCGUGCCCCCGACCAGGCGGUCUCGCCUCAAAGGAUCCACCGCACACAGGGCCUCUCUGCCCAGCAAGAACCGGCUGACCUUCGUCGUGCCGAACCAAGUCCCGGCGGGCUCGCGGCGUUCCUCUUCUGGACGUCCCACUGUCCCGCCUGUGGAAACGCCCCCGGCGGACUCUCCCCCGGCGGCGACCGGUCGUGGGGCAUCUCGGCGAUCCUCGGGUGCCGGGAUCUCCCGGAAGGCGCAGCAGGAAGAGCAGCAACGCGGGAAAAGAGACCUGGAGGACCCGGAGCUGCUUCAGCCUGCGACACCAUCUCCGGUGCGCUCCAGCAGUCAAGGGGCAAGACUGGAAGGUGCUGGGGAGGUGGAGUGGGUGGAUGAGGCUCCAGAAGAUGGGCCUCCGACCAGGUCUCUCGAGGGUUCCGCUGCGGGCAAGGCGCCCAAAAGCUGCCGGUCCACAUUCUUCCUGCCAAAGCCGGCCGGCUUGGGGUCUUUGGAAGGACCAAAGGCGACGCCGGUGGAAGCGCCCGAUAGGGACCUUAUGUCGGUGUUGACCGUUCAAGGGACGCCCGGGCAUUCCUCGGGGCACUUCCGGAAGUCCCGGGAGAGACUGCAGAAGCGCAAAUCGGCCAAGUCUAGCAUUGGCAUCAGAGAAGCUGCAUUUUUGGCCGAAGAGGCGGAGACUACAGGGAGCCAGUACUGUACCAGUGUACCUCCCAGUGCCACAGCUGCCACUGAUGAAGACGACGGCGCUGCCAGAAGUGGCCACACCCGACGAAGGCGCAAAGUGACCUCUUACAAGGAGCCACGUGUGAACCGGAAAAUGAGGCGCUCCUGAACCAUCCCUCUCAUUCGCGUAAGUGUUCCCAUAAAGUUGUGUGUAUGCCCGAUUAAAGGUGGUUACUCUCAACAUAUUGGAGGGAGGCACAGUAUGCAAGUACGGUACAGUUGUAUGUGUGCAUUUAGCAACUC